ACAGACAAAUUUUGCUGCAGCUGUAAGCUCUGACACGUGUUUAUAUCGAGACAUCGAUAUGCAAUGUUGAUGAAUGAUACAAUGUACGCCCAUAUAAUCUCACAUUGAAACAACAAUUUCAAGAUAUCAAUGUGAAUUGAUACAUGUAACACAUGUAUUUUUUUAUGACGAAAAAUCAAUUCAGUAAUAAAAUGUGGUAUACUAAUAGGUGUUAUUUUUGCAAGAAAACACUUGUAAACAUUGCUAAUAUAAUCUGUAAGGGAAGGUCUACUGUUGCGAAUGUCGAUAAAAAUACCAAUGAAUUAGUACUUUUCAAUCAAAAAUAUGUGACAGACGAUUGGACAAAUAUCACUCCAAACAUCAUUGCUAAAUUAGGAAGAAACUUGCAUGUUCAGCAAUACCAUCCAUUGUCACUCUUACGUCAGCGUAUUGUAAACUAUUUUUAUAAACAGUUUCGCAGUAAAAGCGGAACACCAUCCUUUAGUGUCUAUGAUAAUAUGUGUCCUGUAGUGACAAUUGCACAAAAUUUCGACUCUCUUCUUGUACCAAAAGAUCAUCCAAGUAGGAGAAAAAAUGAUUGUUACUUCAUAAAUCAAGAUAUAUUGCUGAGAGCGCAUAUGACUGCACAUCAAGCUGAAUUAAUUUCGAUGGGAUUGAAUAAUUUUCUUGUCAUUGGGGAUGUGUACAGACGGGACGAAAUUGAUAGUUCACAUUAUCCAGUUUUUCACCAGGUUGAUGCAGUCAGAUUGCGUACAGCAGAAGAAAUAUUUUGCAAUGUGAAUGAUUCUGGAAAUCUGAAGCUAUUUGAACAUAAAGGAAUAGAAAAUACUGAGAAGCAAGGUUGCCAUACCUUAGAAGUAGUGAAAAUAAUGGAGCAGGAAUUGAAAAAUACUUUAGUUGGCUUAACAAAAGCUAUUUUUGGAAGAGCUAUCCAAUACCGAUGGGUUGACCAAUAUUUUCCAUUCACUCAUCCAUCAUGGGAGUUGGAAAUAUUCUAUAAUGACAAAUGGCUCGAAAUACUAGGUUGUGGCAUUAUGCGACAAGAAAUUCUUCAGAAAUCUGGUGCUGUAGAUAGGAUCGGAUGGGCAUUUGGUCUUGGUUUGGAGCGUUUGGGCAUGUGCUUGUAUAAUAUUCCAGAUGUAAGAUUAUUUUGGAGUAACGAUGAGGGUUUCUUAAAUCAGUUUAAAGUAGAUGAUCUCAAUGCACACAUACAAUACAAGCCAAUCAGCAUAUAUCCUCCUUGCACAAAUGAUAUAAGCUUUUGGUUGCCACAAAAUGGAAGUUACUCUUCUCAAGAUUUUUAUGACAUAGUUAGAGAAAUAGGUGGCGAUAUCAUUGAACAAAUUUUGCUGAAAGAUGAAUUCACUCAUCCAAAGACUAAAAAGACAUCCCAUUGUUACAGUAUAGUAUACAGACAUAUGGAACGUACCUUAACUCAGAAGGAAGUCACUGAACUCCAUAAUCAAAUAGAAAAAACAGUAACUGAUAAACUUAAUGUAAUUGUUAGAUAAAGUUAAAAAUAAAAUGUUUUUCUAAUAGAACAGUAUUUAUAU